AUGGGUGUGCAGGACCGGACGAAGAAGGGCGACCAGAACAAAGGCGGUGGGACGGUGGAGAUGGGCGAAACCGGCGCGUGGCAGGCGGGCGGAUUCGGCAUCGACCCUGACGAACUCUCGCGAAUGUCGCAUCCGGGCGACUUCGCGAAAUUGCAGUCGCUGGGAGGACUAGCGGGGGUGGCGGAGCGGCUGCAGGUGGAUCCGAAGCGCGGCAUCAGCGGCACGGCGGAGGACAUAGCGCGCCGCCAGCUGCACUUCGGCGCCAACACGUACCCUGAGAAGCCUGGGAAGACCUUCUGGUACUUCGUGUGGGAGGCCAUGCAGGACACGCUAGUGCAAAUCCUAUUCGUGUGCGCCAUCGCAUCCAUCGCCGUCAGCAUCCCCACGGAGGGCUCGCUGGAGGGGCUGUACGACGGGCUGGGCAUCUUCAUCGCUCUCUUCCUCAUCAUCACCGUCGCUGCGAUAAGCAACUACCGGCAGGCACUGCAGUUUCAAAAGCUCAACCGCGAGAAGCAGAAGAUUCAAAUCGAGGUGACGCGGUCAGGGCGGCGGUGCAAGGUGUGGAUAGACGACCUGGUGGUGGGGGAUAUCAUCCACCUCUCCACUGGCGAUCAUAUGCACAAGGACGAGGCCAACCCAUUCAUCCUCGCGGGCUGCACCAUCAUGGACGGAUUCGGCGAGAUGAUGGUGACAGCGGUGGGCAUGAGGACGGAGUGGGGUAAGGUGCUAGCGACCAUCACAGAGGACAGUGACGAGCCCACGCCGCUGCAGGUGCGGCUGACCAAGGUGGCAGAGCUGCUGGGCAUCAUGGGUAUCACUGUGGGCGUGCUCAUCUUCCUCAUCCUCAGUAUAAGGUACCUGGUGACGGAUGCAGACUUCAGCAACUUCACUGCCAGUGACGUCAGCGUGCUGCUCAGCUACUUCACCAUCGCUAUCACAGUGCUAGUCAUCGCAGUGCCAGAAGGCCUUCCCCUCGCUGUCACUCUCACUCUGGCGUUCUCAGUGACCAAGAUGAUGGAGGAUAACUCGCUGGUGCGGCACCUGCAGUCGUGUGAGACGAUGGGGUGUGCCACCACCAUCUGCAGCGACAAGACCGGCACGCUCACUCUCAACGAGAUGACAGUGGUGCAGGCGUGGGUGGCAGGCGACUUCCACAAGCCCCACACCAUCCGCACUGGCGUCUCCACCCCCGUUGCUCAGCUGCUAUACCAGGCCAUCGCGGUCAACACCAGUGGAUCCGUCGAUGAACCUCCGGAGCAGGGCAUGCCACCUGUCAUCAGCGGCAGUCCCACAGAAAAGGCCAUUCUCGCCUGGGGAGUCUCGUUCGGCAUGCGCUUCCACGAGACCAAGGACCAGUGCGAGGUGCUGGCAGUGCAGCCCUUCAGCUCUACGCGCAAGCGCAUGGGUGUGCUCAUCCGCACCGCUGACUCUCCCUCCUCCACCACCACCACCACCGACUCCCUCACCACCCCGGGAAGCUUACGCGUGCACUGGAAGGGCGCAGCCGAGGUGAUCCUGCAGCAGUGCGGGCACUACGUGAACUCCCUCGGCAGCAUCGUUCCACUCACCGAACCCAAGCGCAUGGAGCUAGAGCGAGCCCUCCGCGACAUGGGAAAAGAAGCCCUGCGCACGCUGGGGUUCGCCUUUCGGGACUUUGACAAGCGGACAGGCCUGGAGGGGAUGCCAAAGAGAGAGGACGGGAGUGUGGGGGUACCAGAGGACGAUCUGGUGUAUGUAGGGUUUGUGGGGAUCAAGGACCCGUGUAGAGUGGAGGUGCCUGACUCGGUGCUGCACUGCCAGAACGCGGGCAUUGUGGUGCGCAUGGUCACGGGGGACAGCGUUGAGACGGCCACGGCUAUCGCCACGGAGUGCGGGAUUCUGACCGCGGGUGGCACUGUGAUGGACGGUGCUCAGUUCCGUGCCAUCCAUGAAAACGACCUGCCUGCAACCGUUGACCGCCUGCAGGUGCUGGCACGCGCAUCACCCACAGACAAGCUACAGCUGGUGAGGGCGCUCAAGGAGAUGGGGCAUGUGGUGGCGGUCACAGGCGAUGGCACCAACGACGCCCCUGCGCUGCAUGAGGCGGACAUAGGGCUGGCGAUGGGGCAGUGCGGCACGGAGGUGGCGAAAGAAAGCGCAGACAUCAUAAUCCUGGACGACAACUUUGCAUCCAUCGUGCGCACCGUCGUGUGGGGGCGCUCUGUGUUCGCCAACAUUCAGCGCUUCCUGCAGUUCCAGAUCACAGUGAAUUGCGUCGCCCUUACUCUCAACUUCAUCUCUGCUGUUGUCACAGGGGAUGCGCCCCUCACUGCUGUCCAGAUGCUCUGGGUAGACCUGAUUCAAGACACGUUGGGUGCAUUAGCCCUCGCCACGGAACCCCCAUCUGAUAAGCUGCUGGAGCAGCCGCCUGUGGGGCGCAGCCAGGAGCUGGUAUCCGCCGCCAUGUGGCGCAACAUCAUUGGGCAGACGGUGUACCAGCUGUCGCUGCUGUGCGUGCUGUGGUUCAAAGGCAUGGAGAUUCUGCAGCUGCCGGGACCCCCGGGCGUGCCCAGGGUGAUUGCUAAAGGAGGAGAGGAGAUAUCGGAAGGGGAGAAGCAGCUCGUUACCAUCAUCUUCUCGUCCUUUGUAUUCAUGCAGAUAUUCAACCAGCUGAACUCGCGCAAGCUGGAGGAGUGGAACGUGUUUGAGGGGCUGCUCGUCAACCGCCUCUUCCUCCUCAUUGUCUCCAUCGAACUCGCAGUGCAGGUGCUGCUGGUGCAGCUGCUGGGCAAGUUCGCUGGCUGUGUGCGCCUGACGCUGCUGCAGUGGGCACUGUGCUUCGUGCUGGGGUUUGGCUGCGUGCCCUUUGGCAUGCUCUCCAAGCUCAUCCCCCUGCCAGGAAAACGCCAUGCUCGCAAGAAGAUACUUUUUGGCCGGAAUGCCAACCAGGGCUUCGAGCGCCUCGACGAAGCCCAAUGA